GACACUUCCGCUUUGGUUUUUCUGAAAGACUAGGUUACGCUGGGUUCUUUAGUAGGAAAAUAACAAAACCGUGGUAAGUUUAGAAAUGUAGCUGUCUAACCACAGCGGAUUUGUUAACGCGUCGUCGGUUCGAUUGGUAAGGUUAGCAUAAAGCAGAAUUUUCGUCAAGAUGAUGAUGAGUCCCAAGGAGAUGUAUUUUGAUAAGAAGACUGUUUUUCCUUCUUUGCUGGCGAAGCGACCUUUUACUCUGGGUAUAUCCUCUCAAACCCGGGCGCCCAGGAUCGCAGCUGUUACAGACGGUUCUCUACCAACGUCCCCCGCGUCGGAUUGUGAGGAGUUGGACUCAGACCAAUUCAAGGAAUCUGAAACUUUGGACAGAGACACUUCAGAAAUAGUCAUUGACUUUUUGCAAAACUUCACCGGGCUGUCUCGGUCCUGUGGUCGGCACCGUGGGGUUGUACAGACAAUAAGGAGGGUGGUGGACGGCCUGGUGGUGAAGCAUGAGCUCGUCUACAAAGGUAUGUUUACUAGGCUGGGUAUGGAAGACAGAGGAGAUGACAUGCAUAUAAUUAGGACAGUGGCUAAGGAGCUCUUCAGCGAUGGCAUCACCAACUGGGGUCGAAUCGCCAGCCUGCUGGCCUUUGGUGCAGUGGUGUGCCAGCACCAGAACCAAAUGGGCCGAGGUCACUGCGUGAGUCUUGUGGGCCAAGAGAUUUCCUCAUAUCUUCUUUCAGACCAAAAAGACUGGCUACUGAAAAAUAAAGCAUGGGAUGGCUUUGUGGAGUUUUUUCAUGUCCCGGAUCCCGAGUCAAAAAUGAGGAAUGCAUUAAUGGCCUUGGUUACUGCAGCAGGUGUUGGAGCAGGACUUGUUUUAUUGUCAAGAUAAGUUCAGUGGACCUUGUGAAAGAACUGUGGACCUUUUUCUUUCUUUUUUUUUUUUUUUGGUCUUCCUUAAUCAGAGAAGGAUGAGAAGACUGGGGCUAUCAAGAGGACACUUCCAAAAGCAAAAAUAUUUUUCGUUACAUAAGUGGCUUAGGCUCUUGUCAUACGUUUUAUGAGAAUACAGAAUUUAUUUUUAUAUUAAAGUCUUUAUUAGAAACACUCCUUAAUCACAAAGCCCACUUGCUGUAUCUCAUUCUGACUUUAAUGUGGAAUAUUUGCAUUGCUCUAAUAUGCAAUAUUUGCAAACUCUAAUAUGUACAAAUCACCAUCUUUGUUGGAAAACUUGUUUGUAUAUAAGCUGAUGACUAGCUUGCAUUUCAGAUGAAGCUCAAGAUGUGUACCACCUAAUUUCUGUCCCUCCAGUCUACCAAAAGGAGCUGAGAAAUAAGUACAAGGAGAUUACGUGUAUCUUAAAUUAUUUCUGUUCAUUUAACUCAUUUAACAUUUAAAAGUAGAUAAAUAAUAUAACUGUUUUAGAAUUUUCACUUUGGUGCUCUUAUUUCUUUCUAAUUGAGUUUGUGAUCGUAUGUAAUAUUCUCCAAAUUGACAUGUUUUCACCCAUAUAAAAUAAUGGAUAUGUAGAAAUUAUGGACAAUCCAAUAAACAUAUCAGUCCCUAAAAUGACACAUACUAUA